CCGGUCGUGGGUCCUUGAGGUUGCUUAUAAACCACGGGCACUGGGCUUUGAGGUAUAAGAAGGUCCGAGCCUCUGUUUCUCCCGGUUUGACUUCCCGACCUCUUUUGCUAAUUACAACCUUAAACUCUUCCACCAUCCAAAACACCCAACAAAAUGCCCACCUACGUCAUCACCGGCUCCAACCGCGGCAUCGGCCUCGAGUUCAUCCGCCAGCUCACCCAGUCCCCAGACAACACCAUCCUCGCCCUCGUCCGCGACCUGUCCAAGGACCAUUCGGACCUCAAAUCCCUCGCCAACGACAACACCCACAUUCUCGAAUGCGACACCUCGUCCCUCGCCUCCAUCCGGGACUUCGCCAAGACCGCCCGCUCCACUCUCGGAGACACCAAGAUCGACUACGUCAUCAACAACGCCGGCGUCAACCUCUCCAACCAGAACUCGUCGCUUCAGCUAGCCCCCGAUGAUUUGCUGGAGACCAUCAAGACCAACGUUCUCGGUCCCGCGAAGCUGGUGGAGUUCUUGCUCCAGCAGGGCGUGCUCAGCGAGAACGUGAGGGUGCAGAACAUGAGUUCUACGCUGGGAAGCAUUCAGACCACUGUGGGCCGCGAGGAAAGACGGGACACCAGUUACUCGAUUAGCAAGGCGGCAUUGAACAUGUUGAGUGCCCAUCUGGCGGCGGAUUUGAGGAAGGCGGGGUUGAAGGGCGCGGUGGUCAUCAUGAUGUGUCCGGGGUGGGUGAAGACGGAUAUGGGUGGUAAGGAAGCGAUGCUGAGCCCGGAGGAGAGUAUUGGCGGGCAGUUGAAGGUGUUGCAGGGGCUCAAGGAGGAGGAUAAUGGGAAGUUCUUUAACUAUUCGGGGGCUCAGGUGCCUUGGUAAAUGUCAUGGGAAGGGGGGCUUUGGGGUCUGAUGGUUCAUGUUGGUCUGGGGAAGACAAGCCUCCUGGGACAGAAGAAGGGGGUGUGACAACAGCCAGAAGAAAAGCAUGAGGGACGAC